AACGCAAGGCGCAUACGCACACGCAGUCUUAUUCAUUUCCUUCACGAAAGCCUAAUUUUGAGAGAUUUCGUUUUUUGGUUGUGCCGCCACUAUUCUAUGCGCCUCCCUCCAUCAUCCGCUUCUGGGUCUUGGGGUCCUAGGGUUUUCAGAGCUCCUUCUCUCGUUUUCUAGGGUUUUCCGAGCUGGUUUCUCUCGCUUUCCUCAGGCGAAUCUCUAUGCGCCGCUGGUUCAGCGGCUUUGUUGAUUAGCGUCGCUUCUCCCUCUCUCUAUAGAUAUCUUUCUCUCUGAAAUCUUCCCGAUUGUAAUUAUCUCCAGGGGAGGGGCUAGGGUUUGAUUGGUUCAUUUCCGAAUAGUACGGUCGUUCGAGUGGGGAAAUCACCUGUUUGGCUGAUUUGAGGGGGUCUGGGGGAUUUGAAUGGCAUUGGGGCACUUGAUGGCGUCUCGGUACUCGCAAUCUUUAGUAGUGCACCUGGACGAGGUCGCUUCGAGCCACGAGGACGGGGAUUUGUCCUCGCAGAGGAGGAAGUCGGAGACUGCUAGUAGUAGCCACGGAAAUGCCACGGCUUCCACCACGACCAGCUUGGCGUACUUGCCCCAAAACAAGGUGCUGGGCGCCUUCGAGGGUUGCGCGCCCACUGGCCCCUCGGACAAUGGUUUGGUCUCGAAAUGGCGGCCUAAGGACCGCAGGAAGACGGGAUGUGUCGCUCUAGUUUUAUGUUUAAAUAUUGGUGUGGAUCCUCCUGAUGUAAUCAAGAUAUCUCCUUGUGCCAUAAUGGAGUGCUGGAUAGAUCCUUUUUCCAUGGCACCUCAAAAAGCACUUGAGACAAUUGGGAAAACCUUGAGUAUUCAGUAUACAAGGUGGCAGCCGAAGCAGGCUCACUAUAAGUAUCAACUUGAUCCUACUGUGGAGGAAGUGAAGAAACUUUGUAAUACGUGUCGGAGAGCAGCCAAGUCUGAGAGAGUUCUGUUCCAUUAUAAUGGACAUGGUGUGCCAAAACCAACUGCUAAUGGCGAAAUUUGGCUCUUUAAUAGGAGUUAUACGCAGUAUAUCCCUUUGCCAAUCCGUGACCUUGAUUCCUGGUUGAAGACACCAUCAAUAUAUGUUUUUGACUGCUCUGCUGCUGGGAUGAUUAUCAAUGCCUUCAAUGAGCUUAAUGAUUGGGGGGGUGCUUCUGGAUCCUCAAGGGAUUGCAUUCUGCUUGCAGCCUGUAAAGCACAUGAGACUCUUCCCCAGAGUGCUGAUUUUCCUGCUGAUGUGUUUACUUCUUGCCUCACAACUCCUAUAAAGAUGGCAUUAACAUGGUUCUGCAAACGUUCCUUGCUUCGUGAAUCCCUUGAUUAUUCGCUUAUAGAUAAAAUUCCUGGACGGCAGAAUGACCGGAAAACACUUCUCGGUGAAUUGAACUGGAUUUUUACAGCUGUGACGGACACAAUUGCCUGGAAUGUUCUUCCUCAUGAUCUUUUUCAGAAACUUUUCAGGCAAGAUUUGUUAGUUGCCAGUUUAUUUCGAAAUUUUUUACUUGCGGAGCGAAUUAUGCGUGCUGCUAAUUGUUCCCCCAUCUCUUAUCCUAUGUUGCCACCAACCCAUCUGCAUCAUAUGUGGGAUGCGUGGGACAUGGCUGCUGAGAUCUGCCUUUCUCAGCUUCCAGCACUGAUUGAGGACCCUAAUGCGGAGUUCCUGCCUAGUCCAUUUUUCACUGAACAAUUGACGGCUUUUGAGGUAUGGCUCGACCAUGGAUCUGAACAUAAGAAACCGCCAGAGCAAUUGCCCAUUGUCCUUCAGGUUUUGCUUAGUCAAGGCCAUCGAUUUCGGGCACUGUUUCUUCUUGGAAGAUUCCUUGACAUGGGACCCUGGGCCGUAGAUCUGGCCUUGUCUGUUGGAAUAUUUCCAUGUGUCCUGAAGCUGUUGCGAACGACGACACCAGAACUACGGCCAAUUCUUGUUUUCAUAUGGACAAAGAUUCUUGCACUUGAUAAGUCAUGUCAGGUUGAUCUAGUAAAGGAUGGGGGGCAUACAUAUUUCAUUAGAUUUCUUGAUAGCAUCGAGGCAUAUCCAGAACAGCGUGCAAUGGCUGCAUUUGUUUUGGCUGUGAUUGUGGAUGGGCACAGAAGGGGCCAGGAAGCUUGUAUUGAAGCUGGUUUGAUUCAUGUCUGCUUGAAGCACCUUCAGGGUUCAACACCAAGCGAUGCACAGGCUGAUCCCUUAUUUCUUCAGUGGCUUUGCCUCUGUAUGGGAAAGCUGUGGGAGGAUUUCACAAAGGCCCAAAUAAAAGGUUUGCGGGCAGAUGCCCCUGCUAUAUAUGCUCCUCUAUUGUCCGAGCCCCAGCCAGAGGUUCGGGCUUGCGCUGUUUUUGCGCUUGGCACCCUACUUGACAUUGGGGGUGACUCAUGUAGAGAUGGUGCUGGAGUUGGAGGAGAUGAAGAAUGUGAUGAUGAUGAAAAGAUCAAGGCUGAGAUUAGUAUUGUUAGAAGCCUUUUUAGUGUUGUUUCAGAUGGAAGCCCACUGGUUAGGGCAGAGGUUGCUGUGGCUUUGUCUCGCUUUGCCUUUGGCCACAACAAGCAUCUCAAGUCAAUUGCUGCUGCAUAUUGGAAACCUCAGUCUAAUUCUCUGAUUAAUUCCUUACCUUCUUUGGCUCAUAUAAACAGCAGCAGUAGUGGAUAUGGUAGCUCAAACCAGUACAUGCGGCACGCAAAUAUUGUUUCAUCCCAGAUUGGUUCUCUGUUGAGAGUGAGCAAUGACAAUCCGUCAGUGGUUCGAGAUGGAAGGGUCUCCACCAGCAGCCCUCUUGCUAACUCUGGCAUUAUGCAUGGUUCUCCUGUGUCUGAUGAUUCAUCUCAACAUUCUGAUUCUGGAAUAUUGAAUGAUUGUGUCAGCAAUGGGGUUGUUAACCAUUCAAGGUCAAAACCACUAGACAAUGCAAUGUAUUCACAAUGCGUGUUGGCUAUGUGUACAUUAGCCAAGGAUCCAUCUCCACACAUAGCGAGUCUUGGUCGACGGGUACUGUCCAUUAUAGGGAUUGAGCAAGUAGUGGCAAAACCUUUGAAGUCCAGUAGUGGUGUUCAGCAUGGUGAACCAACAACAGCAUCUCCAACUCUUCUUGCUGGAUUAGCUCGUUCAUCUUCAUGGUUUGAGAUGAAUGGAGGUCAUUUGCCUUUAACCAUCCGAACUCCUCCUGUCAGCCCUCCUCGACCUAGUUAUUUAGCUGGAAUGCGAAGAGUUUAUUCUUUGGAGUUCAGGCCUCAUGUGUUAAAUUCUCCAGAGACAGGAUUAGCUGACCCGCUUCUUGGUGCUGGCGGAUCAUCUGGGGCUUCGGAACACAGUUUGCUUCCGCAAUCAACAAUCUACAAUUGGAGUUGUGGCUACUUCUCCAAGCCACUUUUUACUGCAUCAGAUAGUGACGAAAUACUGGCUAGAAGAGAGGAGAGGAACGAAUUUGCAUUUUGAGCGCAUAGCAAAAUGGCAGCACUCAUCUGUUAGCAGACUGGUUCCAAAACAAUACUGCUUCAACCUUCUCUCCUAUUGUUAUUGCUGCAGAUGAGAGUGAACGGAUCAGGGUAUGGAAUUAUGAGGAAGCUACCUUGCUCAACAGUUUUGAUAAUCAUGAUUUUCCUGGAAAAGGAAUUAGUAAG